AGAAUUCUUCUUGUUCUUUGGGCUCUGUAAAAACACGAAGCAACCAAUCAAAAGACACAAUUAUUUUUUAACCUUCAUCCUGCAUCUUCCAAUAUCUCACUCAUCAAGAGAUAUAAACGAAUCGACUUCAUAAAAUUACAGAUAAACCCUCUUUCCAGAUCUUAACGCUCAUUUGGGAGAUCUUAAUUUACUCGAGGUAAAUAUUUAAAGAAAAGAGCUUGAAGAUUGAAGGAAAUGUCUUUUGAAUCAGGAUUGGAUAGUUAAAGGAUUGAAAUUUCUUGAUUUGAUCUUAAUGUAUACUCUAUAGUUUUGAGUUUGAUGUUCUAAAAAGAGACAAUUUCAUUGGAUAUAAACGUGUGAUGUAUUAUCUUUAAAUGAAGGCAGCUCAAGCAUGGCGUAUAGGCAUGAAAGACACACAAAUCUUGCCUUUGCCACGUCAUCGUGCUCGAUUAAAGAAACCAACAUGGAUUAUUAUAUUGGUUGUGUUUGUUUGUGUUUUCUUGAUUUUUGCUUAUAUUUAUCCACUUCAAAAUUCGGGUGCGUGUUAUAUCAUUAUGUCAUCUAGUUGUAACACCUUUUCUAGUUGGCUUCCCCCUCCUGCAAGAGAACUUAGUGAUGCUGAGAUCGCUUCUCGUGUUUUUAUCAAGAAUAUUUUGAACACACCAUCGAUUGAGUCGAGUAAUCCCAAGAUUGCUUUCAUGUUCUUGAGUGUUGGAUCAUUGCCUUUCGAGAAGUUGUGGCACAAAUUCUUUCAGGGACAUGAUGGUAGAUUUUCCGUAUAUAUUCAUGCAUCAAGAGAAAAACCCGUCCAUUCUAGCCGUUACUUCAUCAACCGAGAAAUUCGCAGUGGCAAGGUAGAUUGGGGGAAAAUUUCGAUGGUUGAUGCAGAAAAACGACUUCUGGCAAAUGCACUAAAAGAUCCCGACAAUCGUCAUUUUGUAUUACUAUCCGAUAGUUGUGUACCCUUGCGUGAUUUCGACUAUGUGUACAAUUAUCUUAUGUACACAAAUGUCAGCUUCAUUGACAGCUUUGAGGAUCCUGGCCCACAUGGAAGUGGCCGAUACUCGGAACAUAUGUUGCCCGAAGUUGAGAAGAAAUAUUUUCGGAAGGGCGCACAGUGGUUCACAAUGAAGCGCCAACAUGCAAUCAUAGUUAUGGCCGAUAGUCUCUACUACACAAAAUUUAGGGAUUAUUGCAGGCCUGGUAUGGAAGGGCGCAAUUGCUACGCCGAUGAACAUUACUUACCGACCUUUUUUCAUAUUCUCGAUCCAAAAGGGAUCUCAAACCGGUCAGUAACACACGUUGAUUGGUCCGAAGGAAAAUGGCAUCCAAAAUCUUACCGAGAGCAAGACAUUUCCCACCAACUAAUCAAAAACAUUACGUCGAUCACCAAGAGUGUUCAUGUUACAAGUGAGGGAAAGAAGAAGACUAUGAUUAUGCCUUGUAUGUUGAAUGGGAUCAAUCGUCCAUGUUACUUAUUCGCAAGGAAAUUCUUGCCCGAGACUCAAAACUCCAUGAUAGACCUUUUCACACAUCAGACAAUGUUUUGAAUUUUUGUUACAAUUUUUUUUUCCUUUUGUUGUAAAGCUUUUUCCAAUGAACUUCAUUUUUGGCCAAUUAUUUAGUGGUAAAUUUCCUUGUAUCUAUUUUUUGAUGUAAACCCCAUAUUUAAAUGGCUGAACUUUUGUAAGUAAGAACAAAUUUCUAUUCUUUAAACAUGUUUAUUAGGAACCAACAAAUCUAUGUUUCUAUGUU